AUGGCAGCAUGCGCCACAGCAGAGACGGGACUCUCCGUUGCCAGGCUGUGCAAUUUUCCACCAGUAUUUUCAUUACCGCAACAGCCGUGCAAGCAGCAAAUCUUAGCAGGCUGCUCCACAAUCCUUCGCCGUCUCGCCACUGCAGCAGGGGGGAUGGAGCACCACUCUGCGACUAGGCAAGAUGCUGCACGCAACUCCGGCAGCUGCGGCCAGUCGAUCGGAGGUGUCGAGCAUAAUCAGAAAGCCCGUCCGCUCCUGAAGAUCACUCGCGCCGAUGUAGAGACAGCGGAAAAAGUGACGGAAUGUUGGCUUCGAGCGGUGGAGAGAACUUACCUGCCUUCUCUAGAUUUCAAGGAAUAUAAGGGCAGAUAUGGCAAAGUUUUCGUCAUUGGAGGAUGCGCUACUUUCACUGGGGCCCCUUUCUUUGCAGCUACUGCGGCGUUGAGAAUGGGUGCCGACCUUGCGGGUGUUAUAACAACCCCUUCGGCUGCCGUAGCUAUCAAGUCGUAUAGUCCUGAGCUCCUCGUCUACCCGAUUCUGCCAUGCCACUACUCAGCAGAGAUGCAUGGCAGUGCAAAGGAGUUCGGAUCUCUCGCUGACCAGCAGAUGGAGCUCGCCCGCCUAAAGAUUCAUGCAGAACCGCUGCUUUCCAAGGCAGACGUCAUUGUACUUGGCCCCGGUCUGGGGGGAAGCACAAACUACCGUCCCCACGAAGAGCAAGAUGCGCGGCUUCAUCAAGGUUCGCAGCAACAGCACCAGCAGCGCAAGUCCUUAGAGAAGACUGGGAGCUUAGGCCGUCUGUCGCAUUUCAUAAAGGACGCGAUAGACAUGCACAGAGGCGAUCGAGGCAGUUCUGCGCCUCCGUCUGCUGCACCUGAGCAAACGGCGGCAGCAGCAGAUCCGACAAAUCCUGCAGCUAUGAAUCAUGCUCUGACCAGUGCAGCAAUCCGAGAAGCAGAAGCUGCUGCGGCUGCUACUCAACGGGCCUCCAUCAUGCUUUUGCGUCUUGCCAUGGCACUCCAAAAACCUAUUGUACUGGAUGCGGAUAUGAUUCGCAUACUGUGUAUUCCCGGGAACGAGCACUAUCUGUCUUUGCUUGCUGGCUACUCAAGAGCACUUCUUACUCCGAACGCCCACGAGUUGGAGCUGUUGCUGCGGGCACUACGCAAACGGCAGAAGGAGGGCCUCCAUGGGGCCUCUGGAGGCAACGCGCCUCAGGGAGAUUCCUCCGCAGUUCCUCCGCAUGGUUUGUUGCCUGAGUCUAUCCGGUGUGAGCCGGCAGUACAGCGCGUGUAUGAGGCGGCCGCCUUGUUGAGGGGCCCAUGCGUGUUCGGGAAGGGCAGAGUAGAUGUUCUGGGAGCUUACGAGAUGCAGCGCUCUUCCGAGAGUGGUGGCGAGUGCGAGUGCGUGUUACUAGCGGUUUCCGGCUUAAGCCCUAGGCACUUUGGGGCCCCUAAGAGGUCGGGGGGACAGGGGGAUGUUCUCUGUGGAGUAUUGGCGCAAGCCUUUGUGUGGGUCGAGAGAGCGAGAUCUAGUGGCGGCGCAGUAGAGUUAGAACGGGAACUAGAGAAACAAGGGUUCGCCCUGCCAUUCAAAGACAAAGCUGCAGCCCUGCCGCCGCUGCUCCUCAUGCAUGCAGCUAGCGUCGUCACGAGGGAGGCCGCCUCUUUGGCCUUCAGGCACUUUGGCCGAUCCAUGACUGCACAGCACAUUGUAGACAAACUCGGUGCAGCAGGAGGCGUCAUCUUCCCCUCUUCAUGGUUCCCUCAGAACCACUAA